AUGCGCGUUCAUGCAAUGCAAGCCAUGACAAAUCAACUCCAAGAGAUUACUAGGGAGAGACCGCAAGUGCCUCCUCCAGUACAAGUGAAUCCUCCUCCACCUGCUCCAGCAACUGCUGCUGCACUUGGUACUCCUCCUCCGGCCCCUGCUGCCGUCGGAACACCCUUAGCACAAGUUGUGCCAGUACCAAAUCCCCCUGUUCCUGAUGCUCCACAAGUCCAAAUGGUGGCACCAAUGUCUGUCAAUCCCUCUAAGCUCUCAGAGAAGUUCCAGAAGCAUCGCACUCCUAUCUUCGAUUGGCCGGCUUGUGAUACUUUACUCCCUGCCCACUAG